AGUCAGUUCACUCUGCGAAUGCAAACUACAGCUCCGGUCGUGUCGAAUUUCUGGCAGUACUUUACUAGCUACACAUUCGUCAGCGAUCUUUCAGAAGCUAGUCAAAGUUUCAAAGAGUCCAUCAUCAGUGGAUUGCAGCGCAUGUAUUACACAAAAAGCGAAAGAAGAGUAUCAGAAAUCCAGGAUAGGUUGCGACCCGACCUUGAAAAAAUUGGGUGGGAUGCAAUGAACUUAGCAAAGAAUUUCAAACUACCUGCUCUACAAGAGGAUAUGGCGAGAGUUGAUGGUUUGACUUUGAGUCUGAAGGAUUUCCGCCAAAAGUAUGAGGUACCUCGUGUUCCAUGCGUGAUCGCUGGCUUGACGGAGCGGUGGAAAGCUCGAAAAAACUGGACUUUUGAGAAGUUCUUGAGGAACUACUCAAAUGAGUACUUCAAGUGUGGUGAAACUCCCGAAGGAUGCUCACUUUACAUCAGAUAUAAGUAUUUCGCUGAGUACAUGGUAGAUGAAGACGAUGACAGUCCUUUGUGCAUAAACGAUGAGACCUUUGGCGAGGAGGAAGGAACAAAAACCCUUUUGAGAGACUAUGAAGUGCCAGAAAUCUUCCAAGAAGACUUGUUUGAUCUAUUGAGAACAGAGACAAAUAGCUUGCCAAACAGGAAAAUUAUCAUCGGCCCCGCUCGAGCAGGAACAAAUGUAAACGUAACCGCACUUGGCGCAAGCGCUUGGCACGCUUUAAUUCAAGGACACAAGAGGUGGGUCUUCAUCCAUCCGGAUGCACCUCGAGAAUUCGUGCAGACUCCAAUGGCCGAAGGCGGAAUUUACCCAAAAGAAUCGAUCACCUGGUUUUCUUCUGUCUACCGACGCAUACAUCGGGGCGAUUGGCCGGCUCUCAGAUAUCCAGUCUACGAAUGUAGACAGAAGCCUGGCGAAAUCGUCUUUGUGCCAAACGGUUGGUGGCAUGCUACGAUCAAUGAAGACGACACUAUUGCUAUUGCACAGAAUUUCUGCUCGCCUGUCACUCUUUCAGUGGUAUAUCCUUCUAUCCGUAAAAAGAAGCCUGCCUUAGCAAAAGUGUUUCUCGAGAGAAUUAAUGAAAAGCACCCAGAAUUGCUGCUAACGGUGUAUCAGUCUCUUUUGAAUCUGAAAACAGUUGACAGUUCUAAGUUACCUGAUAGGGACAGCGAUGUUUCCUUUGAGAAUGACGACAUUUCUUAUGUAACUUCUGGAAGUACUGACAUCUCAGAAGAUGAAGAAAGUGGAGACUUUGACGAUGAGGAACACGGGGAUGAAAAUUCUGAGGACGAACAAUCUUCCGAGGAAGAAGAAAGCUCCAGUAGUGAUGAUGAAGAAGUUACAGAUCAAAAAAGCCGUCAAACAGUCAAUAAGAAAGCACUGUUAGAAGAAGAAAUCUUGCCAAGUUCUGAUGAAUCAGACGAAUCUUCGGAGUCGUAUAGUGAUGACGAUGACGAAGAGGAAGAAGACAGUGAAGAAAAUGAAAGCUCAUUCUUUUCAGAUAUACGCAAGGAACCAACAAGUGACCCCUCAUCGUUUCGAACAGCGGCCGAAUGUGGCGUGAAAAGGCGUGCGACUGUGAGCUCAUCAAAAUCCACUGCUUAUCAUCCAUGAUAUCAAGCUAGAACUUGUUGUGUCUGCUUUUUCACAAGAAUCUUUGCUCGUUGAAUGGUUCAAUCUCUUUGUGUGCUAUAAAGCAUUUGUUAAUCA